GCUAAAUUAUUAUGAAUUUUUUCUAGUCAGAUAAGAAUACAUCACGUGAAGAACAUUCCGAAUCAUCAAAAAUUAACAUACUGAUUAUAUAUCCAACAUCGCCAGCUAAAGGAGGCAUAGCCAUUAAUACGGAGGACUUGAAGUGCCUCGGGGCGAACGAGUUCCUUAACGACUCCGUCAUAGAUUUUUAUUUGAAGUAUUUGAUGCACGAGGUGCUGUCUGAACACGACAGACGCAGAACUUACGUCUUCAGCUCGCAUUUUUAUACACGACUGGCGAAGCCCUAUUCCUCGACCAGUAGUAGUAAUGUCGAGGGCGUGUCUAUGUGCCGACAGAGAUACGCCGGAGUACAGAGAUGGACCAAGAAUAUUAAUAUCUUCGAGAAGGACUUUGUCGUUGUGCCGAUUAAUGAGCACGCACAUUGGUUUGUAGCCAUUAUUUGUUUUCCUCGUAUGGUGGUUAAUACUCUACAGUUGCACAAUGAAGAUUCUCACAAUGAAGAAAUAAAGAAACCUUGCAUUUUAAUUUUCGACUCGCUUUAUGGAACUCGUACGAGCCAAGUAGCCAAGAUAUUAAAAGGUUACUUGUAUUACGAAUAUAUAUCUAAAAUGCGGAAAUGCAAAAGUUUCUCGAAAAUUUUUUUGCCAACUGCAUAUCCUAUCGUACCAAAGCAAUCAAAUGUCACGGACUGUGGCUUAUUUUUAUUACAAUACGUCGAAACAUUUUUUAAGGAUCCUAUAAGGAAUUUUACUUUACCAUUGAGGGAUCUGAAAGAUUGGUUCGAUCCCAUUGUGAUUCGCCGUAAGCGAAAGGAAAUCGUCAUUUUGAUUGGCCGAUUGGCUAAGGAUUUUCAUAAAGAUGAAAAUUUUGAAUUGCCAGAUAUUGUUGUUGAUGAUCACAAAGUAGCGAAAUCUACAUUUAACGACGACAAUAAAUAUACAUUGAGCAGUAAAACUCUCUAUAAGCUGAAAAAUAUUAAGUCACAGCCUAAGAAUAUUAAUGUAAAAUCAUUUUAUAAUCUUAACAUCAAUCAUUCGUCAUCUGAGAAGAUUGAAAAGCCUAUAUCUAUGAUUAAAUCAAAUCGGUUGCUCGUAGAAGAUCGUGAAAACUCAUCUUACGCAGACAAAAAGAAUAAUUCAUUAUUGUUUUCGCAUCCUGCGGGUAUGAUGUCGCCGCCAUCCGAAAAGGUGCUAAACUUAAUAAAGUCGAGCGUAAAGCAAAAUAAAAAAAGUUCUAUAAAAGAUUGGCUGAACUCUAAUAAAUUUGAAAAGACAGGCACAUCUUCAUCUAAUUCAUUUUCUUCCUUAUCUUUCGAAGCGUUAAAAAAUGAUAUUAAAAUAUCUCCACGUACAUCGUAUUCCGAUUUUUUGAAAGCUAAAAGAAAGUUUCAAGAAGCGGAAAAGAGAAAUUAUGAUUCUUCUGAUUAAUUUUAUAAUUUAAUA